GAGAGUAUUGACCUCGAUGAUAAUGAUGAGCAUGUGUUGCUGCCCCGCUAGUUCAAGACUCAUGUAUAAGAGGAUAAAAAAUGUUCACGACAAAGGAAAAUGAGUAAAGUACCAUUUGUACCCAUGAAAGUUGAAAACGCUGACAAAUGUACCCACGAGAGAAGAAAACUACCAAAUGUAACCAUCAAUCGUGACAUUCGUGGGACGAAACUAACCAAGCCUUAUUCCGGCGUUGACUCCGUUAGUAACUCAUCCUCCGUGGCACUUCCCGGCGUGACAUGGCAUGGGGGCCUUCUUACGUGGAUUGCUGAGGUGUGUGACCGUUAUAAUGUAUCUUCAACCCCAAAAUUUUCCAAAUUCAAACCUUGUUCCAUCCCCAAUAAGAACCCUAACCCUAGAUUCACAAAAAUCUUCGAAAUUAAACCAAUGUCGAGGCGAAGAGUGUUUACUCCAACUUCGACUGGCAGUGGUAGUGUGUCUGGAAGCUCAAAUUCAAGAAGGGUACACGAUAGGAAGUUCAAUGGGAGAUGUUUCUGUGGGUUGGGGGUGACGCUGUUACAGUCAGGGACGGCGAUGAAUCCUGGGAGGUGGUUCGUACGUUGUCCCAAUUGGAAGAACUCGGACUGCAACUUCUUUGCAUGGGUAGACGAAAUUGAAGGGCAAUGGGAGGAUUUGAGGAGACCACUGUCAGAAAGAAAGAUUAAGGAAGACGUUAAUGAUGCGAAGGCUGAACCGAAGAUGCUGAUGAUGUUAGGGAGGUGUGAAGUUGAAGUUAGUAAAGUUAGGAUUUGGCUUGUGAUUAUGUCAAUGGUGGUCGUAUGUAAUGUUGUCUGCACUUUGUAUCUGAUUCUCAGGGGGUUUUGAGCCCAAGUAGUUUUCAUUGUUAGGGUUUGACAAAAAUACCCAUAUUCGAUUCUAUAUAUGUCAUUUGUAGACAUGUGAAAUCCAGAAAAUGUCAAAAAAAGU